UACUACAAACGACAAACCCCAACCAUGAGAUCAACCAGAUUCGCUGCUAAAGACACUGCCAGCCAUAUCAUAGAUCAAAAUAAAAACGUUUUCCGCGUUUUUUUAUGUUAAUUGAAACGAAGAAAUAGAUCUCAAACGCUUUACUGAUCUUAUCUUUCGCGACGUUUAUUGUCAUCGACCAAAAUGCCUAUGUUAAUGCAUUUUAUGAAAACGCAGUGGGCGUCCGCUUUGAAAUUAUCCUGUGUUGCAUUGAUGGUAUUUCUGGCCUGUCCAGUGAACUCCAUGGAUGUGCUGGUGCCACCACAGAUCUACGCACUCAAUGGGACUGAUGUCAGAAUCCCCUGUGCAUUCACCUCAUGCUACAAGCUGGACCCCAGCAAAUUUGCCAUGAACUGGACCUAUCAGGAGACAAGCAACAGCACAGAAGAGAUGUUCAUGACCUAUAAGAACAAGAUAACACCCUUGAAGUCAAGCCGAUUUGGAGAUCGAGUCAUAUUUUCUGGAAACCUGGAUAAGAACGACCUGACCAUCACUGUCUUAGAUGUUCAGCUAACGGACGAGGGCAUCUACCACUGCUAUGUGCGCAACCCUCCAGAUCGCAUUCAGGGUCACGGCACCAUCCAGUUUGUCGUCCUGACUGAAUUACCGCCACCUAGAGAUUCAACUAUUGCUGUCGCCAUCGGGGCAUCUGUGGGGGGAGUUCUAGCUUUGCUCAUUCUGUCCAUGGUGGUGGUGAAAUGUAUUCGCAGACAUAAGAACCAGGAGCUGAUCUCAGAUGAGCAGAAGAUGGAAGAAGAGGCCAAACCAAAUGGAGAAGGAGGCACCGAAGAAGCAACGAAACAGUCCUAACCUGCCAUCUUGGCCCUGGAUGCCUAACGGAUGGUGGAGCUCCAUCCUACACAUUCUGAAAUGUAUGCCUCCUGCAUGAAAAUAUGUAAAAAAUAUUGGACUCUUCAUCCUAUAACUGUCUCAUUCAACAAUACUCGGUUUUCUUGUGUAGCAGUCAAACAUGUCAUGUUAGAAAGAUCUCCACCACAGUCUCAUGGUGUCCAGUUACCAGUGAGAAAUCGCAAAAGUUGUUAAACUGCCUCUUCAACCUAAUAUGACAUGUUAAGGUUAUAACAACUUCCUUCAGAACUCUUAAUUUGGACUAUUAUUUUUUUCCAAAGUCAAGGAAUUUCUCUUCACUUUAAGUUCUGCAAUAUUAGCAUUAACAAUAUUAGCCAUCCAGUAUUUCUGCUGAGAAUUUUCUAAAGAUAUUCAUUUUAAAUUAUACUGAGUCUUCAUUAUAACUACCAAAGUAUUUUUAUCCUUAUGGUGUUUAUAUGUUUUGACAGAAAAAUCACUGCCCUCAACAUCCUCCUAAGUGGAUGUAGAAAACAUAACGUGUGUGUUUGUGUGUGUGCCUUCUCAUUGUGCCAAUUUUCUUCUAUUGAGUCUAAUAGUGUAUGCUGUUUUUACUAUCCGGUGUUGGUAGAACAGCAGCAUAUUAGUCAGGUCCUUGACUAUGAGUGUUCAAAAUGUAUAAUUUUCUAGCUUACAGAAUAUAACACACCUCCAAAACAUUCACAAUCAUUGCAUGACAAUUUUCUUAAGCAUGAAACACAAUUAGCACAAAACAAAGAAUCAAUUUGCACAAGCAUCUGGCACAUUCCACAAAUAGGGCAGGCUUUGCUGUCCCAUGACUUAAAAAAAAAAAAAAAAAAAGCUUUAGAGGCACAAAUCCAAUGUUGUCUCUUGACUUAUUAGAUACUGUACAGUGUGUAUAGAAAAGCUGCCUUUACAAUAAUCACAUUUUCAUUAUUUAAAAAAAAAAAAAUAA